UUUACAGGAACUGGUAUUGCCGUUGCCGUCUUUGAUACUGGCUUAGCUAAAGAUCAUCCUCACUUUCGUAAGGUGAAAGACCGCAGUAACUGGACAAAUGAAAAAACCUUAGAUGACAAUAUUGGUCAUGGAACCUUCGUAGCAGGCGUUAUAGCGAGUUCUAAAGAUUGUUUAGGAUUCGCUCCAGAUGCUGACCUUCAUAUUUAUAAAGUGUUUACGAGCAAGCAAGUAUCGUAUACGUCUUGGUUUUUAGACGCUUUCAAUCAUGCUAUACAGAAGAGAAUUAAAAUUUUAAAUCUUAGCAUUGGAGGCCCAGAUUUUAUGGAUAGGCCUUUUGUUGAUAAGGUUUGGGAAUUAACGGCUAAUGGCGUUAUUAUGGUAUCAGCGAUAGGAAAUGAUGGACCUUUAUAUGGAACAUUAAAUAACCCUGCAGACCAAAUGGAUGUUAUAGGAGUUGGUGGAAUAGACUUUCAAAACAAUAUAGCUAAAUUCUCAUCCCGUGGAAUGACAACUUGGGAGUUACCAAGCGGCUAUGGCCGAGUUAAACCUGAUAUAGUAGCUUAUGGAUCGAAUGUUCAAGGAUCAAGCUUAAAUGGAAGGUGCAGAGUAUUAUCCGGAACAAGUGUUGCUUCACCAGUUGUGGCUGGAGCUAUAACCUUGCUAGCUAGCUCUGUCGCCCAUUUCGAUAUUGUAAACCCAGCAAGUAUUAAACAAGCUUUACUUCAUUCGGCUAUUAAGUUGCCGAAUGUAAAUAUAUUUGAACAAGGUCAUGGAAAGAUGGAUUUGGUUAGAGCUUACGAAUUUUUAAGAUCAUAUACGCCACACGCAAGUGCUAGUCCAGAUCGAAUUGACUUUACCGAUUGUCCAUAUAUGUGGCCAUAUUGUUCUCAGGAGCUAUACUACUCAGGCAUCCCAGUUAUUGUGAAUCUAACUGUACUAAAUGGGAUGAGUGUUUCUGGAGAAAUUGUUGAUGAGCCAAUAUGGCAUCCAUAUCUAUUAAAUCAUGGCAACUUUUUAAAGGUAUCAUUUUCAUACACUCAAAGUGUAUGGCCUUGGGCAGGAUAUGUUGCUAUUGCAUUCAGCGUAUCAGAAAAAGCUGCUCGUUGGAACGGUACUGUAGCAGGGCACAUAAACAUCACCGUAAAAUCAAUGGAUGCCGCAAUGAAGGAAAUUACAUCAGUAAUCAAAAUUCCUGUAAAAGUAAAAAUCAUUCCGACUCCAGAUAGACGGCGGAGAAUUUUAUGGGAUCAGUAUCAUAAUCUUAGAUAUCCACCUGGAUAUUUUCCAAGGGACAAUUUGAAAAUGAAAAAUGAUCCCCUUGAUUGGAACGGAGAUCAUAUUCACACCAAUUUUAAGGAUAUGUACAUGUAUUUAAGACGAAACAAUUACUAUGUAGAAGUCUUAGGAUCACCAUUCACUUGUUUCAACGCGUCAAACUACGGGACAUUAUUAAUCGUUGAUAGUGAAGAAGAAUUUUUUCCUCAAGAGGUUGAAAAGCUAAGACGAGAUGUUGAGAAACUUGGAUUGUCUGUAAUCAUAUUUGCUGACUGGUACAAUACCGACGUGAUGAAAAAGAUAAAAUUUUUUGACGAAAAUACAAAGCAAUGGUGGACUCCAAACACUGGCGGAGCUAACGUUCCUGCUCUAAAUUUUCUAUUGUCCAAAUGGAAUAUUGCGUUAAGCGAUAGAGUUUACGAUGGUUCCCUAUUUGUUAGAAAUAAGAAAAUAUCUUUUAACUCGGGGAGUAGUAUUAGUAAAUUUCCGCGAGAUGGAUUAAUUCUUUCUGCCUCACUACUAAAUCAAGGCUCCGUUAUUACAACUGGCAAGAAGGCCUAUGAAAGUAAUAUUCCUAUAUUGGGAAUAUACAAUAUACCGAAAGGUGGUGGACGAAUAGCACUUUACGGAGAUUCUAACUGUAUUGAUGGUAGUCAUAUGCAACAAGGUGUCUAA